AUGAACAAUGACUACACAGAGAUUAGUCCCUCUGAUCCCUCUGUCGACGCCUACACCACUCCCCUGAUCGCCGUGAAGUCCGAGAUCGGCUACCAGCACAAGAAGCGUCGCUACGUCCGCAAAGAUGGCAAUUGCAAUGUCCUGUUCCGCCAUGUUCCUGAGGAGUGGCUCAUGUACGUCACCGACAUCUUUACUACGCUGGUGGAGAUAAGGUGGAGAGUUAUGUUCCUCAUCUUCACCCUCUCCUACACCCUCUCCUGGCUCUUCUUCGGCAUCCUCUACUGGGUGAUCGCCCUGGCUAACGGCGACAUGAAGGACCCUACUAAUGCCCCUUGUAUGUACGAGGUGAGGGACUUCACCGCGGCUUUCCUAUUCUCACUGGAGACCCAGACCACAAUCGGUUAUGGUUUUAGAGGGAUGUCAGAGAACUGCAUGGUGGCAAUCAUCGUCGUAACCGUGCAAGAUGUCAUCAGCUGUUUUAUUGAUACAUUUGUCAUCGGUAUCGCUGUGGCCGAGAUGGCAUCGACACGGAAACUGACGCAGACGGUAGGCUUCAGCAACUGCGCUGUCAUCAACUUGCGAAAUGGCCGUUUGUGCCUGUCAUGGAGGAUCGGGGACUUCCGCCAGCACCACAUGGUGGAGGGGACGGCUCGUGCUCAAAUCUUCCGCCCCACCAUGCACGCCACUGGGAGGGUGGACAUCAACUACAAGGACCUGGAAAUCAAACAGAGUGAUAUUCUUUUAGCCAUACCAACCACCAUCUUCCACAUUAUUGAGCCCGGUACUCCACUCUACCGCAUGAGCCUGGAGGAUCUUCGGAAAGACGACUUUGAGCUGGUGGUGUCCUUCACCUACACGGACGACUCGACGGGCAUCCUGCACCAGACUCGCACCUCCUACACACCCGACGAGAUUCACUGGGGACAUCUGUUCCAAGAUAUGCUGAAUGUAAACCUGAAAUACUACAAGGUAGACUACUCCAUGUUCCACCACACUGCUAAGGUCCUGGUUCCGGAGGUCAGCGCAGAAGAGUACGAUCAAAUUAAGCUUCGGCGUUCCCCGCGCCACUCCCCGCGCCACUCCCCGCGCCACUCCCCGCUCCACUCCCCGCUCCACUCCCCGCUCCACUCCCCACACCCCAAUUGCCCAAGCAUUAAUUGCAAACCCCCGAUGGUGACUGUGGAACUGGUAAACGGCACCACAGAACCUGAGGUACAUGCAGCCGCGGUUGCUACUAUCGCAGCAGUUUGCGAGGACCAAGGACAUUUGUGUCUUCCAAGGAACCCCAUUCUGACGUAG